AUGCAAGAGCGAGACCAAGCAUGGCAACAAUUGCAACAAUGUCAGGCUGACUUAGCAAGCCAUAUUAAAUGGAAAAAUAGAGAGCAUAAUUCUCAGCAAAUAAUUUUGAAUUUACAGCAGCAAAAUUUAUUGCUACAGAAUAAUCCACUAAAUAUGACAGAAGCAAGACGUUUACCUACAUUGAAAUAUGUAUCUACUUUUUUAAAUCUGAUUCCUCAAUAUUUUGGUCAAAUGCCCCCUAAUGAUUACUGUGAUAUGAUUAUACAAGCAUGGGCUCCUGCUAUACCAAAUAUGACAGCUCUUGAAGAUGCAAAUGCUGGAGAUUUUGAUGAUGCUGUCAAAGUCGAAAUUAUGAAGGUACCAGCUCAAAAUAACUUUGUAAAUCUUGUAGUUAAUAUCAAUAGUCCAGAUACAAUACGAGCAUGGUUAAAUGAAAAAUAUCAACGAGAAACAAUUGGAACUAAGAAUUCAGCUAUUCAGAGAUUGAGUCAAGAAAGAUUCCAAUCUUAUGAUACACCAGAUAUGUAUGAAGCCAGAAUCCGUCCACUUAUAUUAGGUGUAGCAAAUAAUGAUGCCUAUGUCUUAGGGACUCUUAAGACUCAUUUAUCAGGAGAUCAUGAGUUUUAUAGUUGGAUGAGAAAUGAAAAUAUAGUGGGUAUUAAUGAAUUUUUCACUAUAUUGAAAAAUAUGUGGCUCGAACGUUCUAGUUUAAAUAAAGGGCAAAAUUUCGAUCAAGCACAACCAAAGAAAAAAUUAUUAGCGAAGCAAAAUGAUAGUAUUAUAUCACAACCUGUAUUCCUAUCAUAUGAUGAAAUGCAAAAAUCCUUCCAAGCUAUGAUGGAAAAACAGAAGAUUGAAUUCAAAGCUGAGAUUGAAAAACAGAAAGCCGAGAUUGAAAAAUUGAAAGCCGAAUUUGAAACAAAAAUGACUCAACAAUCCAAAAAAUCUUGCCCUCCAGUUCCACCCAAAGAUUAUGAACAAAUGCAAGAAUUCUAUGAAGAUAUUAGUAGAGAAGAAGCACUAGAGUGGUUAGAUAAAGCUUUCCCUCCUCCCAUACCAACUAAACCAGAACGAUUGCAUUCAUCAAAUCAAAAUGCUAGAAUAGAUAGAAUAGAAUCGAAAGUAAAUAAAAUCGGUCAAAUGGCAUCUCAAUUCGGAAAGAUGAUGCUUAAUAACAAAAAACCCAUAGCUAAAUCAAAUUCAACAUAUCGAUACUUUCCUUCUCUAAUACCUUCCCAAUCCCAAUAUGCAUCUCCUAAUUCAGAUGAUAAUGAGGAUGAAGAAGGUGGAUAUAAUGAGGAAGAGAAUAAAUGGCAUGCUCCAUCUCAUCAGCCUGAAAUAUACGAUAAACUAUUACCAAAGCUUUCACCAGCAAUGUGUAAAAUGUGUCAGUCUCAUAUAGUCCAGGAAAAAGAAUCAAAAUCAGAUGAAUGGUUUUCGUCAUUGCAAUACUUGCAUUGUAAUAUAAAUGAUCUAUUGAUCACUAAUUCCUUUUUAGAUAGCGCAAGUGAAUUUGGAGGAGUAAAUGAUGCAACAAUUAAUGCCCUGGGGUGGAAAGCUGAUAAGCCUUCUGACUUUGCUAUAAAGGGUAAUUCCAAACAUAUAUCUGAAUCAUUAGGAUGGUAUACAGAUGUGCCAAUUAGUGUAAAGGACAAAGAUAGUAAAACAGUCACAGUUUCAGGAAAUUUUGCACGUAUUGAUAAUGGUGAACCAGAACCAAUGCUAUGUAUAGGUAUGACAUGGAUUCGAAAGGUUCAUGGUAUUCUUGACCCGAAUAAAAACCAAUUUCGCAUAAAGGUUCAUGGUAAGUCUUAUAUUAUACCAACAUUCAGCAGGGCUCCAGUAGCCAAGGAUCCGCCAAAAGAUAUAGAGACCUUAGAAGUAUUGGAUUCCGAUUCAUCAAGUGAAGAGGUAAAAAAAAAUGCAUAA